AUGAAAACCUCAAAUCGACAAGUCUCUCCCGAGACCACCACCAGUUUGAUUCGGAUGAAAUCAACCCACCUCACGGACAAAACGGUCUCCAAGGUGGCUGUACUUCCUUCACUCAUUCCCUGUAUAUAUGACCUUAUGGCUCUUCAGCAGUCACUCCUCUACCCGACGAAACCCUACUUACAGCCUUACAGCAACAAAGAUAUGGAAACCACAAAACUGACCGCUCAUCAAGAAAGCAUGGAUAUAUGGUCAUGGAUUUGUGAACUUCCCGACUCGGAAGAUUGGUUCACGGAGUCAACCUCACUCAGUUAUCAACUCACAAGUUCCAAACCAAUCUCCAACUCUACCCAGACGUCGAUUCAACUCAGAGCUGAGAGAACAUUUGAGCCCAAAUCGGAAGUAUCGCUAACUUUCUCAGUCGUGUUCCAAAAGUACUCUGAUAGUACAGAGGCUGAAGCCUCGACUGCUACCCUCUGGGUUUCUGACAAGUGUCACCUUGCUCAAGACAAGCCAUUCUUGCCUCUGGUCCUCCAACUCCUCCAGGAGAUAAUCUCCCGUUCACCCAAUGCCCACGACAGCACCUGUCCCCGCUCACAGCUCCAGAAGCUCAAACCCGAGCCCAUUGCAUGGAUUCUGGACUCGCACUCCCCCGAAUCCUUCUCAAGCUUCUUCCACCUCAUCUUCCUCGCCCGACUUUUCUGGAUAUGCGUGUUUGACGCACCAUCUGAAGUCGGUUCUCUAUACUUCCAUUCAUUACUCGCUCCAAACUUGGGUGCAUUCUCGUGCAAGCAGGCGCCGGUCUUGAGAACUUUCUUUGUUUCAGGAGGGACCGACGUGGAGCUGUGUCUCAUGCGGGCUUUCGGAUAUAUGCUGGCAAAAUCAUUGAUUUUCCGUCAAGUCGGGGGCCUAGAGGCAGGAUUAAAAGCGCUAGCGCCUUCUGCAUCUCAUCGUCUUGGUUUCUCAUACGCAACGGAGUCUCAUGGGCUGUGGAUUCUGAAAGGCUACACUCCAGUCACAGCCAUGGACUGCGUAACAUCGAAUCGAAAUCCUAAUAUGCAUCAGUUUCCCGUGAUUGAACCCAAAGAAUCUGCGCUAAGAUAUUCUCUGGGACAUCAGCAGCUGGAGGCUGUUAUUCAGCUGGAGUACAAAGUCGAAUUCUGUGAUGCGUUUAUCCGAGUUCACGCACUUGUGGACAACAUUCGCCUCCACGUUGUAAAGCUAGGAUUCAAGAGCAAGGAGUCGGGCGAUGAUGAUGAUGUUUUGAGAAACGAGAGGCAUUUUCCAUCACGGGUUCGAGUUUGGGUUGGGCCCGAGAUUGGGGCCAGUUACGUGGGUGGUUUGAGUUUGGGCCGGUCUACGGACAACGUGGAGAGGGAGGUGGAAAUCCAAAAAAUCUUCAAGGGCAGUUACGGGAAAGAGAUAAAACACCCAAGGUGA